UGCUUUCCUCGGUGAACUCGGUACGUCUGAACUCCCUUCUUCUCUUCCUGCUGGCUCUCCUCCCUCCAGCAGACAUGUCGUGCUACAGCCCGUGCCUGCCCGCUGCCUGCGGCCCAGCCCCGCUUGCCAACAGCUGCAACGAGCCGUGCGUCCUGCGCUGCGCCGACUCCAGCGUUGCCAUCCAGCCCCCGCCAGUGCUGGUGACGCUGCCGGGCCCGAUCCUCAGCUCCUUCCCGCAGAGCACAGCCGUGGGAUCCAGCGCCUCGGCUGCUGUGGGCAGCUCUCUGAGCGCUGCCAGCGUGCCCAUCGCUUCUGGGGGCUCCCUGGGGCUGGGGGGCUCUGGCUGGGGCCGGGGGCUCUGCGGGGCUCUGGGACGUGGCAAUCUCUUCUGCUGAAGCCCGUUCAUUGCUGCCCGUGCUCCAGCGCCAGCAGCCUCCAGGAGAGCCCUGGAGACAGCCCUGAGGCCUCCUUUCUUCCUCAUGAAACCUCUGCUUUUUCCCUUUUACACUGUUUUGCGUCUUGCUCCCCAUCA